AUGGGGUUUCCAGGAAGCAAGUAUAGCUCAUCGAGCAACUCAGGUAUUGGAGUGACUAAAUCAAUCAAAGGCAUGUUUUCUACAGACUCAGGAACUUUAAGCAAAAGAUCCAAAGCCGGUGAAGAUAGCAUAGAACUAUCAGAUGUCCAAGUGUCUAGUGAGUUAUACGAUCACGCGGAAAGCGAGGAAGGGGAAGGGGAUUUCCACGAGACAGAAGUCAAAAGAGCAUUGAAGCCAAGACAUGUGUCUAUGAUUGCCCUUGGUGGUACUAUCGGUACGGGUUUAUUUGUCGGAAUUGCUAAACCACUUUCUCUUUCAGGGCCAGUCGGUUCUUUGAUCGCAUAUAUUUUCAUGGGAUCAGUAGUGUAUUUCGUAACCCAAUCGUUGGGUGAAAUGGCUACGUUCAUUCCAGUCACUUCUUCGAUUACAGUAUUUUCAAAGAGAUUUUUAUCUCCAGCUUUUGGAGUAGCUAACGGUUACAUGUACUGGUUUAAUUGGGCUAUCACUUACGCAGUGGAACUUUCUGUUUUGGGUCAAAUUAUCAAUUAUUGGACCGAUGCGGUACCAUUGGCAGCAUGGAUUGCCAUCUUUUGGGUUUUACUCACUGCUGCAAACUUUUUCCCAGUUAAAUGGUACGGUGAAUUUGAAUUUUGUGUCGCUUCCAUCAAAGUCAUUGCCAUUGUUGGCUACCUACUUUACGCUCUGAUCAUCGUAUGCGGUGGUUCCUCUCAAGGCCCUAUUGGGUUCCGUUAUUGGAGAAAUCCUGGCCCAUGGGGUACCGGUACCAUUGCUAAAAAUGUCAAUAAAGCCAGAUUUUUGGGAUGGGUUGGUUCCUUGGUCAAUGCUUCUUUCACCUAUCAAGGCACAGAAUUAGUCGGUAUCACAGCCGGUGAAGCUUCAAACCCAAGAAAAACUGUACCAAAAGCUAUUAACAAGGUGUUUUUCAGGAUUUUAGUCUUUUACAUUGGUUCUUUGUUCUUUGUCGGUUUAUUAGUUCCAUACAACAGCCCUCAAUUGGAAAGUAAUAGUGCAGUCAUUGCAUCUUCCCCAUUUGUUAUUUCCAUUCAAAAUGCUGGUACUAAGGUACUACCUGACAUUUUCAACGCGGUUGUGCUAGUGACGAUUCUUUCUGCUGGUAACUCCAAUGUGUACGUUGGUUCCAGAGUCCUUUACUCCCUAGCCCUUAGCGGUAAUGCCCCAAAACAAUUUUCUUACGUUACCAAACAAGGUGUCCCAUACUUGGGUGUUAUUUGCACUGCUUUGCUAGGUCUAUUGGCCUUCUUGGCAACGAACGAAAAUGCAAAUACAGCUUUCAAUUGGUUAAUUAAUAUCUCUACUUUGGCUGGUCUUUGCGCAUGGUUCUUCAUUUCCGUUGCCCAUAUCAGAUUCAUGCAAUGUUUGAAGCUUCGGGGUAUUUCUCGUGACAGUUUACCUUUCAAGGCUAAAUUGAUGCCAUGGGGUGCUUACUAUGCCGCAUUUUUUGUUGGUCUUAUUGUUUUCAUCCAAGGUUUCACAGCUUUUGCACCAAGAUUUGACGUAUCGGAAUUCUUCACUGCAUACAUUUCUUUAAUCUUGCUUGUGGUAUUGUUCAUUCUUUGCCAACUGUACUAUAGAUGCAGAUUUUUAACCAAGAUAGAGGAUAUUGAUAUCGACUCAGAUAGAAGAGAAAUAGAUGCCAUCAUCUGGGAAGAUGAUGAGCCAAAGAAUUUAUGGGAAAAAUUUUGGGUUGCCCUAGCAUAA